AUGUCAGGUGAAUUUCCAAAGCAACUUUGUCGACUACCAAGGUUGCUUUAUGAACCUAUUGCAUCUCAAGUACACAAAUAUGAAUUUGAAUUGCCUGUCUUCAGCGUCAACAUAUGCACAAAUCAAACUUUGCUACAACGAAAAUUGUCUUCUGUUCCAACAAUAAUAGGCUUAUCUAACAAUAACAUUAGUGGUUAUAUACCUGCUGAGAUCGGCCAAUUGCAUCUUCUCCGCAAGCUGUUUCUUGGGUCCAACAACUUCUCUGGCGUCAUUCCUGAACAAAUAUCUAACCUAAAAAACUUAGAGGUUUUAGACCUCUCCUCGAAUCACUUGUCUGGAAUAAUCCCAUCGUCAUUGGUGAGCCUUAAUUUCUUGAAAGAAUUUAAUGCCUCAUACAAUAAUCUUGAAGGACUAAUACCAACAGGCACCCAGCUCCAAAGCUUCAACGCUUCUGCCUUUGAGGGGAAUCCAAAACUUUGUGGUGCCCCACUUCCAAAUAAGUGCGGACCAAGUAAAGGCAUUGAUGCAAAUAACAAGAACUAUAAAGACGUGGACAAUGGACUUCAUCAACUUCCGUGGUUUUAUAUCUUUGCAGCAUUGGGGUUCAUAUUAGGAUUUGGGGAGUUUGUGGUUCUCUAG